AUGCCCGGGGCUCCCAACACUCUCGUGCCCGAAGACCAGGCGCUUGUGGAGACGGCGCACGAUAUCGAGGCCAAACUCCAUCCCCACAGCCACGAUGGUCUCGAGGAGAGAUUGCAUCCGGCGCAGGAGGUUGGGUUAAAGAUGUUGUUGGCGGGCGUGUCCAACUCUACAUCUGCAUGUGUGACGAACCCGGCGGACCUGGUCAAGGUCCGCCAACAGUUGUUUGUAAAGCAGGGUUCUGGUUUCUCCCCCGGCUUCUUCCACACUCUGGUCGGCAUGGUGCGUCAGGAAGGCGUGUUCAGUCUCUGGAACGGAGUGAGCGCAUCCAUCCUUCGCGAGAUGAGCUACUCGGGUAUCCGUAUGGGUGCAUAUGACGGGAUGAAGAAUGUCAUCCUCGACGUCGCGCCCUCUCUCGACGCUCAAGACGUCAGCGUCAAGCUCGGAGCUGGUCUACUUUCCGGCAUGUUGGGAAGUGCGAUUGCUAACCCGGCCGAUCUGCUCAAGGUGCGCUUGCAGGCGGUUGGGGGAGCGCAGCUGGGUCUCGCGGGGCAUGCGCGGGCCAUCUGGCAUGAGGCCGGUGUGGCGGGCUUCUACAAGGCCGUGGUACCGACGAUUCUUCGCGCUGGCGUCCUCACAUCGUCCCAGCUCGGCUCAUACGAUGUCGCCAAGCACUUUGUCCGAUCCCAUUACUCCCAACACUUUCCAGAGGGGAUAACGACGCACCUCCUCUGUUCCGGCUUUGCCGGUUUCAUGUGUUCGGUCACCUCGGCCCCGAUCGAUACGAUCAAAGUGCGCGUGAUGAACGACUCGGCGGGGCGGUUCAAGGGCUCAGCAGACUGCGCGUACCAGCUCCUACGCUACGAGGGCCCUCUGGCACUGUACAAGGGUUUCUUUGGGUGCUGGAUCCGGCUGUGGCCACACACGGUCAUCAGCUUGAUGCUGCUCGAACAGUUGCGCAAGGUUGUCGGGCUCAAGCCGAUCUAG